UUUGGUCGAGCGUGACCUCGCUUUGACAUCGGCGCCUCCUCUACCCGGGCGGAUGGACACAACCACGCACGUCGAUACACGAGCGCUGGCGGUGAGGCGACCUGCCGGGGUUGCGGCGAUGGCGUGGGGACCGGCGAUGCACGUGCUGCUUCUCCUCUCUUGGCUGGUGGCGCUCGGCGGGGCGUGGCGCGCGGAAGCGCCCGGCUCCGCGGUUCCCCUGCGCCUCCAGUUCACGCGGCCCGUCUACAACGCCACCAUCUACGAGAACUCCGCCGUCAAAACGUACGUGGAGAGCCGCGAGAUGAUGGGCGUCCCGCUCGGCGAUGCCUCGUGGGACGUCAAGUACAAGGUCGUGUCCGGCGACGACGACCACUUCUUCAAGGUGGAGGAGUACACGGUGGGAGACUUCUGCUUCCUGCGAAUCCGAACCAAGGGCGGGAACGCGGCCAUGCUGAACCGCGAGGUGAGCGACCGGCACCUGCUCACGGUGAAGGCCACGGUGAGGAGCGAGAACCUGGAGGCCUGGACCAAGGUCCUAGUGCAGGUGCUCGACACCAACGAUUUGCGCCCGCUCUUCUCUCCGACCUCGUACUCCGCGACUGUCGGGGAGAACGCCCCGCUGCGCACCACCGUCGCCAGGGUGACGGCCACGGACGCCGACGUCGGCACCAACGGCGAGUACUACUUCAGCCUCGGGGAGAGGACGGACGUGUUCGCCGUCCACCCCACCACGGGCGUGGUGAUGCUCACGGGCCGGCUGGACCCCGAAGUCCGGGUGUACAACCUGGAGGUGCUGGCGGUCGACCGCGGCACGAAGCUGUACGGCAGCGGCGGCGCGAGCAGCGCGGCGCGCCUCACGGUCCGAGUCGAGCGCCGCAACGAGCACUCCCCCGCCGUGUCGGCCGCCGCCACCCUCGCGCCGUCGUCCGCCGCCGCCGCCGGGGGCGCCACCUACGCCGUGCUGACGGUGACGGACGAGGACGCGGGCCAGGCCGGGGAGAUCGCGUCGGUGGCCGUCGUGGCGGGCGACCCGCUCGGGGAGUUCCGCGUGGUGAAGGCGCCCGGGGCGCACGAGUACUGGAUCCAGGCGGACGGGGAGGUGGACUGGGACGGCCGCCCCCACGGGCGCAACCUCACCGUGCAGGCCAAGGAUCGCGGGCAGCCGCCGCGCUUCUCCGCGGGCAAGGUGGUGACCCUGCGGGGCCCCCGGGGUCACGGGCUCGACGCUCGCUUCGAGAAGAGCGAGUACAAGGUGCACCUGAGCGAGUUUGCGCCGCCGGGCAGCCAGGUGGCCCUCGUCCGGGCCGCGCCCCACAGCCCGAAGCUCCGCUACCACCUGAAGGCGAGCAGCGACAGCGCCAGGUUCGAGAUCGACGCCCACACCGGGCUCGUCACCUGCGCCGCCCCACUCGACGUCCUGCAGGCGGAAGUGUUCGAGCUGGAGGUGACGACCAAUGCCGGGCUCGCUUCCGCGAGGGUCGUGGUCAAGGUGAAGGACGAGAACAACCACCUGCCGACGUUCAAGCACUCGUCGUACAAGGCGGUCGUCAACGAGAACGUCCCCGUGGGCAGCAGCGUCGUCAGGGUGCUCGCCACCGACCUGGACACUGGCGACAACGGCUACGUGACCUACAGCAUCGCCAACCAGGAGCCGCUGCCCUUCUCCAUCGACCCCUUCACGGGGGUCAUCAGCACGGCCGACGAGCUGGACUACGAGGUGAUGUCGCGCGUCUACUCGCUACGCGUGCGCGCCUCCGACUGGGGCUCGCCGUACCGCCACGAGGCGGAGACGCUGGUCACGGUCGCCGUCGGCAACCUCAACGACAACCGGCCGGCGUUCGAGCGCGUGGCCUGCGUCGGCACCGUCCCCCGGGACCUGGAGGUGGGCGAGCACGUCGCCACGGUGUCGGCUAUCGACGCCGACGAGAUGCAGCUGAUCCGCUACGACUUCGUUUCCGGAAACGAGCCGGACACGUUCGCGCUGGACCCGUCGUCCGGGGUGGUGUCGCUGCGGCGGCCGCUGACGGACGCGGCCGGCCACGGCAGCUACAGCCUGCGCAUCCGAGCCACCGACGGAGAGAACGCCGCCGGGCCCAUGUUCAUCAACCUCACCGUGGCGGGCGAAGGCAGCGUCCUGACCCUGCGGUGCCAGGAAACCGGUGCGGCCAAGGCGCUCGCCGAGAAGCUGCUGCGGACCGGCCGCUACCGGAGCGGCCGCCUCGACGCGGAGGCCUUCGGCGACGUCCACGGCGUGAACUGGCACGCGCCCGAGUUUGGCGAAGGGUUCCCGUCUCCGACGAGCGUGCCCGAGGACCUGGCGGUGGGGGCCACGGUCGCCACGGUCACGGCCACGGACGCGGACGGCGGCUUCGACGGCAAGGUGGUGUACGUCAUCUCCGGUGGCAACGACCACAGCUGCUUCUCCAUCGAGGGCGACACGGGGCGCGUCAAAGUGCUCUUGCCGCUGGACCGGGAGCAGAGCGACGCUCACACGCUCAACAUCACGGCUUACGACCUCGGAAUUGUGCAAAAGUCAUCGUGGAGGCUUUUGCUGGUCAAGGUUUUGGAUGUGAACGACAACCCUCCCGAAUUCCUCCAGCCGGCGUACUCUGUCACGAUCCCGGAAAAUGCCGAGCAAGGAAAACAGGUCAUCCAGGUGGAAGCCGUGGACAGGGACGUCGGGGACAACGGGAGGGUGACCUACCGUCUCCUCACCUACAACGAGCAGUUCGAGAUCGACGGCGAGAGCGGGGUGGUGCGGGUCGUGGGCCCCCUGGACAGGGAGACGGUGAGUGUCCACCACCUGACGGUGGAGGCGAGCGACCGCGCCGAGCUGGACCCGCGCCUCUCCUCCACGGCGACGGUGUCGGUCUUCCUGGAGGACGUCAACGACAAUCCGCCCGAGUUCGUGCCGCCCCACUCGAAAGUGCGCGUGCGCGAGGACCUGCCGCCGGGCACCGUGGUGGCGUGGCUGGAGACGCGCGACGCCGACCUGGGCGCCAGCGGGCAGGCCCGCUACUCGCUGCUGGACGACGGCGACGGCGCCUUCGAGGUGGACAAGCUGUCGGGCGUCGUGCGGCUGGCGCGCGAGCUCGACUUCGAGAGCCGCGAGCUAUACAACCUGACGGCGCGCGCCAAGGACAAGGGGCGGCCCGCGUCGCUCUCCGCCACGUGCUCGCUCGUCGUGGAGGUGGUGGACGUCAACGAGAACCUGCACGCCCCCGAGUUCCCGAGCUUCGUGGCGCGGGCGUCCGUGCGCGAGGACGUUGCGAUCGGCACCGAGGUGCUGACGGUGUCGGCGCGGGACGGCGACGCCGGGCGGGACGGAGAGGUGCGCUACUCCGUCCGCGAUGGCAGCGGCCUGGGCGUGUUCUCCAUCCACCCCGAGACCGGCGUGAUCCGCACGGCGGAGCGGCUGGACGCGGAGACGCGCUCGCGCUACUGGCUCAGCGUGUUUGCCGUGGACCGCGCGCUUGUGCCGCUCGCGUCCACGCUGCACGUCUUCGUCGAGGUGGAGGACGUCAACGACUGCGCGCCCCUCACCGAGGAGCCCAUGUACCGCCCCGCCGUGCCCGAGAACUCUCCCGCCGGCCUCGCCGUGCUGCAGGUCCGCGCCAGCGACGCGGACGCGGGCGGCGCCGCGCCGCUCUCCUUCCGCAUCUCCAGCGGCAACCCCCAGGGAUUCUUCUCCAUCGACGCCCGCACCGGUCUCAUCUCCACCACCGCACGCAAAUUGGACCGGGAGCAGCAGGCCGAGCACGUCAUGGAGGUGACGGUGUCGGACCAGGGCCCGUCCCCCCGCUCGUCGUCGGCGCGCGUGGCGGUACGCGUCCUCGACGAGAACGACAACCGCCCGGCGUUCUCGCAGCGCGUGUACCGCACGCGCCUCCCCGAGCGCGAGCGCAGCCGGCGCCGCGAGCCCGUGUACCGCGUGUUCGCCUCGGACGCCGACGAGGGCCCCAACGCCGACCUCUCGUACUACAUCGAGGGCGGCAACGAGGGCGGCCGCUUCUUCAUCGACCCCACCACCGGGGUCAUCUCCACGGCGCACCCCUUCCAGGCCGGCAGCCACGAGAUUCUCACGGUGAAGGCGGUGGACAACGGGCGGCCCCAGCAGGUGGCGCGUGCGCGCGUCCACAUGGAGUGGGUGAUGGUGCCGCGGGCGUCCAGCGAGCCGCUGAGAUUCGACGAGCCCGUCUUCAGCUUCACGGUGCUGGAGAGUGACGGGGUGAACCACAUGGUCGGCAUCGUGUCCGCGCAUCCCCAGGACGUGCCGCUCUGGUUCGCCAUCCUCGGCGGGAACGUGGACAGCCGCUUUGACGUGGAACGCGGCACGGGGACCCUGGUGGUGGCGAAGCCGCUGGACGCCGAGCAGAAGUCGCACUACAACUUGACGGUGGAAGUGACGGAUGGGACGCGCACCCUCGUCACGCAGAUCUACAUCAAAGUGAUCGACGUCAACGACCACCGGCCCGAGUUCUCCAGGCCGCUGUACGAGGCGAGCGUGCGGGAGGACGUGCCGCCCAACACGGAGGUGGCGCGCGUGUCGGCGUCGGACGGCGACGAGAAGGACCGCCUCAUCUACACGCUCUACGGCAGCGCGGAGCCCGCCAGCGCCCGCCUCUUCCGCCUCGACCCGGCCACGGGCGUGCUGUACACGGCCGAGCCGCUCGACCACGAGAGCCAGCUCCGGCACACGCUCACCGUCAUGGUGCGUGACCAGGACGUGCAGACGAAGCGCAGCCUGGCACGCGUGCUCAUCACCGUGCUGGACGCCAACGACCACACACCCGAGUUCACGCUGCGCACCUACCAGGGCCGCGUGUUCGAGUCGGCGCUGCCCGGCUCCGCCGUGCUGCAGGUCACGGCGCGCGACCGCGACACGGGCGACAACGCUCGCCUCUCGUACGCCAUCGAAUCCGGGAACACGGGCGGCGCCUUCAGCGUGGACCCCGCACUGGGCAUCGUGUCGGUGGCGCGGGAGCUGGACCGCGCGCGCCUCGCCCGCUACCGCCUGGUCGUGCGCGCCACGGACAACGGCGAGAGGCCGCUCGGCUCCACGGCCGACGUGGAGAUCGAGGUGACGGUGGCGAGCAACGCGCCGCCGCGCUUCACGCGGCCCGUCUACGCCGGCGAGGUGGGCGAGGCGGCCCCGCCCGGCACGCUCGUCGCCGUGGUGUCGGCCUCGGGCCACUCGUCGGUCGUCUACGAGAUUCGGGACGGCAAUUUCGGGGACGCGUUCGAGGUGAACCCCAACUCGGGCGCCGUGUUCACGCGCCGCGCCCUGAGCCACGCCGUGCGGCCCUCCUACCUCCUCGUCGUGCGGGCCGCCGACAUGGCGGGCGCGGCGGCCAACGCCUCGGUGUCGGUGCACGUGAGGGACGAGAACGACCGGCGGCCGGCGUUCGCCCGCCCGAGCUACGGCGGCCUGGUGGCGGAGGACGCGCCGCCCGGCAGCGCGGUGCUCGACGAGACGGGAGCGCCGCUCGUGGUGCGUGCCGCCGACGGCGACGCCGGGCGCAACGCGCUGCUCGCGUUCCGCAUCGUGGAGCCCGCGGCGCGACGCUACUUCGCCGUGGACGCCAGCACGGGGGCGGUGCGCACGGCCCGCGGCCUCGACCGCGAGGAGAGGCACGCCUUCGCCUUCUCGGUGCAGGUGCGCGACGGCGGGAGCCCCCCGCUGCACGCCGAGACGCCCGCCCUCGUCACGGUGCUGGUGGUGGACGUCAACGACUCCCCGCCCGAGUUCACGAGCCCCGUGUACGACGCCACGCUGCUGCUGCCCGCGUACCGCGGCGUCGAGGUGCUGACCGUGUCCGCCGUGGACGCCGACGCCUCGUCCAACACCAACCUCACUUACUUCAUCGCCGACGGAAACGCGGCGCAGAAGUUCGCGGUGGGCCCGAGCAGCGGCGUCGUCACGGUGCAAAACGUCACGGCGCUCGAGAGGUUCUACGAUCUGACCGUGCGCGUGACGGACGGGAAGUUCUCGUCCUCCGCCACGGUGAAGAUAUCCACGGCCGAGAGCAAGCCGAGCGGCCUGGCCUUCACGCGCGAAGUCUACAACGGCCUGGUGACGGAGAACACGACGGAGGCGCAGCUGGUGGCCCUGGUGACGGUCACGGGCAACCGUCUGAACGAGCCGGUGUUCUACCGCCUGCUCAACCCGCGGGGCCUGUUCGAAGUGGGCCGCACAUCGGGCGCCCUGCGCAGCCUCGCCGCCGCGCCCCUCGACCGCGAGGAGCGCGAGCGGCACGAGCUGGUGGUGGAGGCGCGCGACGAGCGCUCGCCGCCGCGCGUCGCCCGCGCCGUCGUGCGCGUCCGCGUCCUCGACGUCAACGACAACGCCCCCGCGUUCGUGGGGCUGCCGUACUACGCGGCGGUGCGGGCGGACGCCGAGCGGGGGGAGACGGUGCGGCGGGUGACCGCCGUCGACAGGGACGCGGGCCCCAACGGCGAGGUGCGCUACGCCCUGCGCGACGACUUCGGGCGCUUCGACGUCGACGAGGUGACCGGGGACGUCCGGCUGAGGGAGGCGUUCUCGCCCGACGGGUCCUACGAGGAGGAGUUCGCCCUCGUCGUGCGCGCGGAAGACGGCGGCGUCCCUCCCCUGUGGACGGACGUCGAGGUGGCCGUGCGCGUCGUGAACGAGGCGAUGCCGGUGUUCGAGAAGCCGUUCUACCGCGUGAGCGUGCCGGAGAGCGUCCCGCCCCGCACGCCGCUGCUCAGCGUGCAGGCCGGCAGCCCCGACGGCUUCCGCCUCGUCUACUGCAUAACCGACGGCGACCGCCUCGGCCAGUUCUCCGUGGACCUCGGCACCGGCGUCCUGAGCACGGCGGAGCCGCUGGACUACGAGACGCGGGCCGCCUACCGGCUGGCGGUGCGUGCCACCGACUCGCUGACAGGCGCCCACGCCGACGCCACGGUGGACGUGCUGGUGGAGGACGUGAACGACAACGCGCCCGCCUUCGCGCUCGACUCGUACGAGGUCGUCCUGUCCGAGGCGGCUCCCGUCGGCACGCUGGCGCUCACCGUCUCCGCGGCCGACGCCGACUCGGGCACCAACCGGGCCGUCUCCUACCAGAUCGUGGACGACCCCGACCGCGCCACGGAAUACUUCCACGUGGACCCGAGCAGCGGCAUGGUGCUCACGUCGCGCCGACUGGACCGCGAGCUCGUGGCGGAGCUGCGCUUCGCGGUGCGCGCCGUGGACGGCGGCGUCCCCGCGCUCACCAGCGACGUCCCCGUCACGGUCGCCGUCGCCGACUUCAACGACAACGCCCCGGCGUUCACGCAGGGCCUGUACGAGGCGACGGUCGGCGAGCUGGUGCCGCGCGGCCACCCGGUCACGCGCGUGCUCGCCCUGGACGCCGACGCCUCCGACGGGGAGCGCCUCGCCUACGGAAUCCUCUCGGGGAACGAGCUCGGCUGCUUCGCCGUCGACGCCCGCUCCGGCGUGAUCUCCGUGUCGGCGCCCGGCAAGCUGCGGGCGGACGCCGUCCACGUCCUGAACGUGACCGUGUCGGACGGAGUCCACGCCGCCGCGGUCCGCGUGCGCGUCGCCGUCACGGGCGAGAACCUGCACGGGCCCGUCUUCGAGCGGCACGCGUACGAGGUGGAGCUGGCGGAAAACUCGCCGGUCGGCACCGCGGUCGCCGUGGCGUCGGCCACCGACCGGGACGCCGGCGACUACGGCAAGGUGAGCUACUCCAUUGUCAACGACUUCGCGGGGAGCAGGUUCGGCGUGGGGGCGGACGGCCUCGUCGUGACGACGGAGAGCCUCGACCGCGAGAACCUUCUGGAGAGGGUCAUCGAGAUCAACGUGAUGGCCGUGGACGGCGGCGGGCGGGUCGCCUUCUGCGUCGUCAAGGUGAUCCUCACCGACGUCAACGACAACGCUCCGCGCUUCCACGCCGCCGAGUACAAGGCCGCCGUCCCGGCCGACGCGAGGGAGGGCGCCUUCGUCGCGCAGGUCACGGCGUCGGACGCCGACGAGGGGAGCAACGCCGACGUGGCGUACUCCAUCUACGGCGAGGACUCGGGCGGCGCGGAGGAGGCCCUGCGGAUCGACCCCGAGAGCGGCGCCAUCAGCUCUUCCGACAGCCUGGUGGGCCUGGAGGGGACCCGCCUCUCAUUCUUCGUGCUGGCGCAGGACGGCGGGCUGCCCUCGCUCCGCUCGCUCGUGCCGGUCUACGUGGAAGUGCUGCCCCCGGACGUCGCCAUCCCCCGCUUCGCCGAGUCCUACUACUCCUUUGCGGUGGCCGAGGACGCGGCGCCGGGCACCGAGCUGGAGGCCGUCAGGGUCGUGGGUCCCGAGCGCGUGACCUACAGCCUCGUGUGGGCCGCGGGCGACGGCGACCGCGACGGCGGCGGCGGAGACGGCGCCCCGUUCGGCGUCGACGCGACCACGGGGCGGCUCAAGCUGGAGAGGCAGCUGGACCACGAGGCCGCCAGGUGGCUGCAGUUCAGCGUCGCCGCCUCUCGCUCGGACGGGGAGCACGACGCCGUCGCCGUGGUUCAGGUCAGCGUGCAGGUGAAGGACGUCAACGACAAUGCGCCGGCUUUCGAGUCGGCGACGUACGAGGCGUUCGUCAUGGAGAACCUGGCGGCGGGGACGCGCGUGCUGCGCGUGCGCGCUCGCGACGCCGACUCGGGCCCCAACGGGCAGGUGUCCUACUCGCUGGGCGAGGCCGCGGGGCCCCUGGACGACGUGGCCGACACGUUCGCGCUCGACGCUGACACGGGCUGGCUCACCGCCCUGCGGCCCCUCGACUGUGAGGCGCAGGCCGAGUGGCGGCUGGAGGUGGUGGCAACGGACCGCGGGGAGCGCGUGCGCCUGUCGUCACGCGCGCUCGUGUCGGUGCGCGUGGCGGACGUCAACGACAACCCGCCGCGCUUCACCGCCGAGAUCUACCGCGGGUCGGCGCGCGAGGACGACGUCCCCGGGGAGGUGGUGGCCAUCCUGAGCACGAGCGACGCCGACUCGGAGCCGCGGAAUCGCCACGUCUCCUACUACAUCACCGACGGAGACCCCUUGGGCCACUUCGGCAUCAGCGUGGCGCAGCGGCAGCAGCCGCACCAGCAGCAGCGGGAAGCGCAGCUGUUUGUGCGGCGGCCGCUGGACCGCGAGCGGCAGGACACGUUCCUGCUCAACGUGACGGCGACGGACGGUGCCUUCAGCAGCAGCGCCGUCGUGGAGGUGCGCGUGCAGGACGUCAACGACAACCGCCCACGGUGUCAGCAGGCCGUGUACACGGUGUCGGUGCCGGAGGACGUGGCGGCGGGGCGAGCGCUGCUGCUGGUGCACGCGAGUGACGCCGACUCCGGGGAGAAUGCGCGUCUGCGCUACUCGCUGCACGGCGCCGGCGCGGAGCGCUUCCGCAUCGACCCCGACACAGGUGAGCUGCGCUCGCUGGCGCCGCUCGACCGCGAGGAGACGGCCGCCUACUCGCUCACCGCCCGCGCCACGGACGGGGGCGGCCUCUCCUGCCAGGCGAGCGUCCUCGUCCAGCUGGAGGACGUCAACGACAAUGCCCCGGCGUUCACGACGCCGCUCUACUCCGUGAGCGUGUACGAGAGCACGGCCGUGGGCACGCUGCUCACGCGCGUGCAGGCCACCGACCCUGACCGAGGCCUCAACCGGAAGGUACAGUACUCGCUGGAGGAGCCCGGAGACCCCUACUUUGAGAUGGACGCCGACACGGGCAUGCUGAGCCUCGCGCGCCCGCUGGACCGCGAGCUGCGGCCCUCGCACCACGUCACGGUGGUGGCGCGGGACGGCGGCGCGCCACGGGCGCUCUCCUCCAGCGCGGCGGUCGUCGUCUCCGUGCUGGACGUCAACGACAGCCCCCCCACCUUCGAGUUCUCCGAGUACUCGGGCAGCGUCCCCGAGGACGCUCCCACGGGCACCGAGGUGGCGGCCGUGCUCGCCGUGAGCCGCGACGCCGGCACCAACGCCGACAUCGCCUACGCCAUCGUGGGCGGCAACGAGCACGGACGCUUCUCCAUCGACCCCCACAGCGGCAUCGUGGUGGUGGCGGAGGAGCUGGAUUACGAGGUGCAGAGGGAGCACUUCCUGACGGUGCAGGCAAGCGACGGCGGCACGCCCUCGCUCAGCGCCGUCACCACCGUCUCCAUCAACCUCACCGACGUGAACGACCACGCGCCGCAGUUUGGCCGCCGCGGCUACAGCGCCGUGCUGAGCGAGGACGCGCCGCCAGGGACUGCCGUGCUCACGGUGAUGGCCGAGGACCGCGACGGCCCCGACAACAACCGCGUGGCGUACUCGGUGUCGGGCGGGGACCCGGGGGGACACUUCGCGCUGGAGCCCGGCUCGGGGCGGCUCUCCGUCGUCAAGCCGCUCGACCGGGAGACGGUGUCCGGAUUCGCUCUGACGGUGCGCGCCACCGACAGCGGCACCCCUGCCAAGUUUUCUGAGGUGACGGUCAACGUGGACGUCUCGGACGUGAACGACAAUGCACCCGUCUUCGCGCAGUCCAACUACAGCAUCGUGGUGCAGGAGAAUCGGCCGGCGGACUCGAGCGUGCUUCAGCUGCUGGUGACAGACCUGGACUCGUCGUACAACGGACCGCCCUUCGCCUUCUCACUGCUGCCCGGGGACCACGCCGGGGCCUUCUACGUGGACGCCCAGGGGACGCUGCGCACCGCGGCGCCGCUGAGCCGCCAGGAGAAGGCCCACUACGCGCUGCUCGUGCAGGCGGCGGACAGCGGGCGCCCGGCGCUGUCGUCGCGGGCGGGCGUGGAGGUGCGCGUGAUCCCGGAGAGCGUGAGCGUGCCGUCGGUCGUGCCGCUCGAGGUGCUCAUCGUGGCGGCCGAGGAGGCGGGCGGCUUCGCCGGCGGCGUCCUCGGCAAGAUCCACGCCACCGACCUGGACGUGUGGGACGCGCUGCGGUACUCGCCGGCCGAGGAGCAGCCGCCCUUCGCCGUCGGGCCGCUGGACGGGAAGCUGGUGGCGCGCGCGCCGCUUGCGCCCGGGCGCUACCGCCUGCACGUGGCGGUGAGCGACGGGCGCUUCUCGGUGCCCACGGAGGUGAGCAUCCGCGUGGAGGCCGUGUCGGACGCGGCGCUGCGCCACGCCGCCCUCCUCCGCUUCCGCGCCGUCUCGCCGGAGGAGUUCGUCGCCGGCUACGCGCACAACUUCCAGCGCGCGCUGCCGCCGUUGCUGGGUGCGCGGCACGCCGACGUGCGCCUGCUGAGCCUUCAGCCCGACCCACGGGGCGACCUGGACGUGCUGUUCGUGGUGGAGCGCCCGGCCGGCGGGGGCCUCCUCCCACAGGCCCAGCUGCUGCAGCAGCUCAACGGCUCGCUGGGGGAGCUGGGCGACGCCGUGGGCCUGCGGGCCGCGUGGCCGCCGGCGCUCGCCUGCGACGGCUGCGCCGCGGCGCUCUGCCGCGAGUCGGUGGCGCUGGACUCGGGCGGCGCCGUGCACACCUACAGCACCGCGCGGCUCAGCCUGGUCACCCCGCGGCACCACCGCACGGCACACUGCGCCUGCACCGGAGCCGCGUGCGUGGAUCCCCCCCACAAGGCCCGCGACGGCGGCGCGGCGCCGUGCGACGCGGCUCCGUGCGGCGAGGGCGAGCGGUGCGAGGACGCGGCACUGCCCGGCGGCUUCCGCUGCACCUGCCUCCCCGGCCGCUCCUGCCAGGACGAGUCUGCGUUGACGUUCAGGGGCAGCUCGUACGUGCGCUACGCGCUGCGCGACGCCAGCGCCGACACGCUGCAGCUGUCGCUGCGGCUGCGCACGCACCACCCCCACGGCGUGCUGGUCUACACGCGCGGCACCGACUACGCCGUCCUCGAGCUUGUGGACCGCAUGCUGCAGUUCCAGUUUGACUGCGGGAGCGGUCCCGGCGUGGUGUCGGUGCGCGUGCCGGUGAGCGAUGGCCACUGGCACUCGGUGUCGCUGGAGGUGACGGGGAACCAGGCGCGGCUCGUCGUCGACGCGGAGCACGAGGCGCGCGGCACGGCCGCGGGGACGCUGCGCUCCCUCAACCUCGACGCCUCGCUCUACCUGGGGGCGCGGGUCCGAGCGCCGAUGGCGAAAGUGGGCGUGAGCGGCUCCGUUCCGGCGGCGGAGGCCGGCUUCCACGGCUGCCUGGACGCCGUGGUCUUAAACGGGCAGCGACUGUCCCCGGAAGGCGAGGGAGCGCAGGCGCGCGUCGAGGAGGUGCGCGCCGUGAGCCGCGGCUGCCUCGUGUCGCCGGAGAACGCCUGCGCGGCCAUCCCCUGCCUCAACGGCGGAGCCUGCGUGCCCACGCCACACAACGGGGGCUUCCAUUGCCGCUGUGCGGGCCGCUUUGCGGGCGCGCGCUGCGAGGUGCACACGGAGCCGUGCAGCUCGGACCCGUGCCAGCACGGCGGGGCCUGCAUCGCCGCCGCCGCCGGCGGCUUCCUCUGCCGAUGUCGCAGCCUCUACACGGGCUCGAGGUGCGAGCUCCCCGCGGACCUCUGUGCGAGCGACCCGUGCGAGAAUGGCGGCGCCUGCCGCAGCGUCGGCACCACCUUCAACUGCAGCUGCGCCACGGGCUACAGCGGCGACUGGUGCCAGCUCACGCUGCCCAGCGUCUACCCCACCGUGAGCGUGGGCUGGCAGGAGAUGCUGGGCCUGGGCUCGCUGGCGCUGCUGGCGCUGCUGAUCAUCGCGUUCGUCGUCGUGGCGCGCAAGUGCCUGUGCGGCCGCCGCCGCUCCCCGACGGGCGAGCGCAAGGAAGAGCCGCCCCCCGUGCCCGUACGGCCCAUCUCCUAUACGCCCAGCGUGCCCAGCGACUCGCGCAACAACCUCGACCGCGGCUCGUACGAGGGCGGCGCCGACUACCCCUCCGAGUUCUCGACGUUCAACCCGGACUCGGCGGGGCGGGCGCGCCGCGGCGUCGCCGUGUGCAGCGUCGCGCCCAACCUGCCCCCGCCUCCGCCUUCGAACUCCGCGUCCGACUGCGACUCCAUCCAGAAGAGCAUGUGGGAGUUCGAAUGCGAGGGCAAGCUUGUGGACGGGGAGCUGGGCCUGGGCAAGGAGAAGCUGGGCUCCUCCUGCUACCCGGCCUACCCGUGCCCCACGCUGCCCGAGGGCCCCUCGCUCGCCUCGCUGCACUCCGACACGUGCGACGAUAACGGUUACCACUGGGACACAUCCGAUUGGCUCCCAGACAAGCUGCAGGACAUCGAGGAGGAGAUUUGCCACUACCCGGCGGAGCUGCCGGGCUACUCGGGCCAGGACGCGCUGGAGCACGACUACUACGCGGGCGGUUACGACAUCGACAGCGACUACCCUCCCCCGCCGGAGGAGGACGACUACCCGGAGCACACGGGCAGCCUGCCCCCCCCGCCGCCCCCCAGCUACCGCCUGCCCGGCGGGCCGGCCGCGGGCGGCGGCUCGUGGCCGUACCGGCCUCCGCCGGGCGGGGCGGCGCCGGCCUUCGACCCCGCCUACCCCGGCUCGUGGCCCACGCGUCCCUACUGCGGCUACGGCGGCGGGGGGAGGGCGGCCGUGGCGCCGCCCCCGCGCACGGACAGCGGGGCGCGCCCCGCCGCCCGUGCCCCGGCGCGGCGGCCGGCGCGCGGGGACGCCGGAGGCGCGCCGUGCCGCCCGGGCCCCGAGCGCUUCCGACCGUGCCCGCCCGCUCGCACGUCCUUCUCGGACGUGUCCGCCUGCUCCGAGCCGCGCGAUGACGCGCCCGACCCCGAGGACUACGAGAGCCUGGCCGAGGUGCGGCUGGGCGACGUCUACAUCCCGGACAUGGCGAGCGGCGGCGGCGGCGGCGACGGCAAGCAGCACACCGUGGUGUGAUUGCGCGUGCGGCGGCGGUGUGGUGACGCCGCGACGCUCGUGCUUUGCAAACCAACCCCAAGGGCUGCGAUUGGCAGAGGAGGCCAAACGCACUUUUCCAGCGAGCCCAGUUCAGGCGUGGCCAAGUGGCCAAAUUCAGUUCAUUGAAAAUCUCGUUCGUGCUUGAAACAACGUUAACUUUUGCAGUUUUUUGUUUAAAUGGUAAACAUUUUAAAUCAAUAUUAAUCGGUCAAUCUGGUGGUGUUACCAUAUCUGAUCUGGGCCCUCAGGAAGAGUGGUGCUGCUCUAUCCCACAUCUCACAGAUUUGUCUGUCGCCGUGACGGCACGCACGCGUGCUACCGCACCAGCAUUAGGGUGUUGCAUUCUAUACGUCGCCACAGCAAAUCCAUUGGGAAACUAAUUUAAUAUUUUCAUCAUUUCUGGAAACAUUGCCCAAACACGUGUACUGGAACAUGCAGGCUCGGUGUUCCUGCUCAGCGAGUGGUCAAGGUGGGUGGCUUUGAAUUGCUGUACGGGGAGGGAGGGGCGUGUCUCACACGUGUGCAUACACACGCACACCGCACGGCGCCAAGUGUCACCCUCGUAACACCACCUCCACCCCAUUGCCUCGCAGUAACGCGGUCCAUCUCCCAUCGCACCCUGUAAAUGUCACAGCGUUGCAUUGAUGCUUCGUGUGCGAAGCCUGCACAAUAUCCCUCCCCACGCAAGCCCCCCGGUGCAACGUUUGAUACACCAGCCUCUCCCGUACACCCCUCUCCUCAACUCUCGUGGCCGCGUUGGAAUGGAGCCCGACCCGGAUGAAAGGGGGGUUUUUCAGUCGGCACAUCGUACCAAUGAAUGUAGUCCAAACCUUUCACAAUCGACACAGCGCACAAGUCUUUUGCAAGCUACGUCGGGAACCGUGGGUGCAUGGUGGGAAGCACAACAUCCAUGCGGUUACCAAACUGCACGACGCGGAUUGGUUGCUGCCAUCGGAAUGGUCAGAAACCCGAGGAUAAAGCUUGAUGAUAAAACUGCAAGCGCCAUUCUUAUACUCGAUCGAUAGGAACGUCGUGGAUGCGAGUCUAAUCACUUUAUUGUCGUAGGAUGAAGAGUCCCACGCAUUUCCUUCACAUUUGGUACAGUUAUGUUAUUCCAAAAGUAAUUCAAAGUGACAUUGCUGAUGAAGGGCCGUGGGCUCGGCGGUGUGAGCCGCCGCGGUCGUGCGGGAUUGGGGUGCGACGAGUCCGAGUCUCGGUCGGAACGCCGUGGCCCCCCCCACCCCACCGUGGUCCGUUGGGCCUCCUGCAACAAAGACGACGGCCGCGCGGCUUUCCGAGUUUAGCCGCUCAACCUCCUCCUGACGCAGCGCCAGCUCGCCGCUCGAUGGCCCGUGCAUCGGGCAUCCUGAUUACGAGUUUGCGUGCGACACGAAGAGGUGGGGGGGGGGGGGGGGGCUCCUUGCGUGAUGAUGUCCGGGUGGUCAUUGAUGCGUCGCAGCGGGGUAAAUCGUUCGCGCUGCGAUUCGAGUCCAGCGCCACGAUCUCAACUCUGACGCGGUCACAUUUUACAUUGCCAACACAAGAACUGGGAUCUGCGUUCGAAGUGGUUGUUAGCCCCCUUUUCACGUCCGUAAAAAUCAAGUGAGGAUCCUCUAAACCAAAACAAGUAUUCUGCCCAUGUCUAAUUUUCCGUGAAAUGCAAGCUUUGUGCCCAGCUUUUCAAACAGGAAACACAGAGGUGUGAGAACCCUCUGACAGGCGAGCUGAUAUCUACACAAUGAUCGUUCUCGUACAAAAUUGGCAACGGUCCUAUAAUUACACAAUUAAAAACACAGCCAGCUUAGCUGCCCAUCUAAAGCGACGUUGGUGUGCAUGUGAGGGCUGCAAUCCUCCACCCACAGCCGCCUCGAAGCGUCAGUGACUUGUUAAGUAGCUUUUGAGAUGGUCGUUUCCUCCGUUCAGGUUUUAUAGUAAUUCUCAUUGGAUCUGAUUGUCCCAUUUCCUUAACGGGGUCAUUGUGAGUGCAACAUUUGAAGGGGCGGAUGUGGACACUGAGCUAUUGAGAUGACGCCAAAUGGUCACAUGCAAGCGUGUGAUUUUCACCAACGAAAUACAUGGGCUUUUUUUGGAAUGGGACUGUUCACGGAUGUUGAAUUUGGGUUCCUAAACCUCUCUACAAGCUGGUAAUGCUGAUUCAACUGUGAGUCCGACAAUGAUGGCAGGUCAAAUUCCAUACCAAUCAAUUUCCUUCAGAUGCUGUUGUUGUGCUCGUGUGACGUAACCAGAUUCAGCAAUGCCAUAUAUUUAUUUUUAUUUGCGUUUCUUGCAGAAAUGACAAAUAUGAAUGCAACCUUUUUCAAGCCUGAAGCAUUGGGAACAAUAAUUAACUUGUUGACAUUUUUACUCCCAUUCUUAUGUUUCCUAAUCUUUGGAAAAGACGUCCCAUCAGUUCCUAUCGUCUGUACCUUAUGUAAGACCACAACGCAAUAAUCGCAGCAUUAAUCGACAUUGCAAGCGGUGGUGUAGACUCUGACGGUCGCGGUUUUCAGUUCAUCCUUUCAGUUGUGUGUUUUGUUUUAGUCGCUGUUCUUUGUAUUAGUUAGCUGCUCAUCGAGAAGCAACGUUAAAAUUGAAAACACGGUUUUUUAAUUUUCAUACAUUCCCAAAGAGCAAUGCACCGGUAAUGGGUAAAUGUAAUUUAAACAACUUCCCAAUGACAACCCUUGGACAUUAGCUGUACUAGCGUUCGGAGUUUGUGUGAACAUGCAUCACCCAACGAGAGGAGUGGAGCAAUAAAGCUGUGGCUGUGGGGGGGGGGGGGCACGGGUGGGGGGCUGCCCGCGACGAGGCUCGCACUGCCCGGCCGUGGAGUCGUCGGUACGAGCUCUCGUCCCCAGCACUGUGUCCGUACGAGGGGAUCGAGAGCGUGGUGGCGUUUUUAUACAUUUUUUAUUUGUACGUUUUCUUUUUACACGAGCUCCACUCACCCUUUCAAUAAACAACAACAAAAGUGAUGUUCGUAUCGAGGGUUAGGGAUUUGUUCGUUGUAAUUUUAUGCAGGUUUUAUUAUUCUUAACGUGAAACCACUCAUCGUAUUUAAGCUUCCGCCGUGAGGGGCCUGCGAUGCCCCCACACCCCCCCCCCCCCCCCCGCGUGGCCGGGGCCCCGUCUCACACACACUCACCCAACACUCACCCACCACUCGCCCACCACUCCCCCACCACACCCACACACUCACCCACCACUCACCUCCUCCGAGCCUCUUCCUGCGUUCUUCCUAAUUGUGACAAAUGUGAAUCGACAUUUCCUUAAGAUAUUUUUUGUUUCUAAAAGUUAGGCUUUAAAAUUUUCAAUUUGUGUUUUUUUUUGAAGAUGUGAAUAUUUGAAAGCAGAUUUUUUUUUCAUAGGCAGAUGACUGUAGCGUCUCGUUUUUACAAAAAAAGGUUUUCUGCCCACGCCUCCCCCGAUUAUCCUCAAUGUAAAAUAAAAGUAUUGUAACUCA